AUGAGCAAGCCCGGUCUAUCUUUCGGGCUCAGUCUGGGCCAAAAGGCAGGCCCAGCCAAGGCCCGCGCUCCUCCACGAAAAGCUGCGUUCGGCGGCGGUGACGACUCCGACGACGAGGCCCAACAUACGUCCAAGAAUGAAGAGACAAUCACAGAGCUUGACGGCUUCGCAACAGUACCCACAAGGACCACAGAUAGUUCGGCAUCUUCAAAACACAGGAAGGGCAAAAUACCAAAAGAACCACCCAAACUCAAAUCGAAAGUCGAUUCCAGCCGACAAUUUGGCGACCUGUCGUCUGCGCUCACCUCCAAAAAAUACGCUGAAGCGGCCGAGGCUCUGGAUCCUUCAGUCUACGACUACGAUGCUGCGCAUGAUGUCAUCGAAGCCGCGAAGAAACAGCGCGAGGCUGAGGUCAAAAAGGAGAAUGCGCAGCGUAAAUCACGAUACAUGUCGGAUGUGACGAAGGCGGCCGAGCAGCGCGAGAGAGACCGCUCGAUCGCAGAGCUCAAAAAGAUUCAGAGGGAAAGGGAGGCAGAGGGCGACGAGUUCGCGGACAAGGAGAAGUUCGUCACAGAGGCGUACAAGCGGAAGCAGGAGGAAGACAGGAUCGCCGAAGAGGAAGAGAAGAAGAGGGAAGAGGAAGAGAAAAAGAAGAACAAAUUUGGCGGCAUGACCGGUUUCCACAAGGAGUUGCUGGAGCGCGAGGACCAGCGCAGGGCGGAGAUGGAGAAGAUAGUUGCUCAGGCGGCUACUGAGAAGGACCGGACAGAGACGGACGCGGCGCGCGAGAUCAACGCGAAAGGGGGCUCCGUCAUUGUCAACGAGGACGGCGAGGUCGUCGACAAGCGCCAACUGCUCCAAGGCGGGCUCAACUUGGGCGCCAAGAAAAAGACAGAGGCGCCCAAGGACCAGGGCCGCUCGUCGUCGGACUCGAGAUCUCGGGACCAGUCGAGGGGCAAUUUUGGCUCCGGGGGCAAGCAGGCCAUGCGCGAGAGGCAGACGCGCAUGCUCGAGGAGCAGCUGGAGCAGUCCCUCAAGAGGGCCCGUGAGGAGGAGGAGGAGGAGAGGAAGAAGGUCGAGCAGGAGACAAAAUCCAGGAAGACCGAAUCGGAUAUAUCGAGCGCCAAAGAGAGGUACCUUGCGCGUAAGAGGGCUGCGGAGGAGGCCAAGAAGAAUGGCCAGCAGGACGGACCAUAG